AUGAGCCCGGAUGAGUUCAAGAAGAUGUUGGACGAGUUUUUUCUGUUGAACGGUGUUUUUAACAUCAGUGAUUCAAUAUCGUGGAUCGAUUUCAUGGAUUUACAGGGGUAUGUGAAGAGGAUGAAGACUGUGAGUAAGAAAUUCGAUCGGUUUCUAGAGCAUGUUCUUGACGAGCAUAAUGAACGGAGGAAGACCGCCGAAGAGAAAUUUGAAGCGAAGGAAAGAGGCAGAGGUAAAGCGAUUUGGAUUUGUUAUCGUGGUGUUUAUGGCUGGAAGGAAGAAUGGUGGCAACGAGCUGAUAUGAGUUGGGUUUUGAAGAAGUGGUGUUGA